AUGGAAGCUGGGGCUGCCACACAGCCCUGCAGCAUAGUAGGACUCCCUGAAUCCUCGGGGGGUGGACCUCUGAGGGUUCCUGAGAGCCAAAGUGUGGACCCCAAACAAGUGGAGAUUGAGUCCAGCAAGGAGAUUGCCUUGUCCAUUUGCUUCCAGGCAACUGCACCUUUCAUGUUUGCUGGCCUGAGGUUGUCCUGGGCUGGCAUGCUUUUGAACUACCCCCAGCACUGGCCCGUGUUUAUGGAAGUUAAAGACCUUUUGACACUGGUGACACCCCUGGUGGGCCUGAAGGGGAAUCUGGAGAUGACACUGGCAUCCAGGCUCUCCACAGCUGCCAACACUGGACAAAUUGAUGAUCCCCAGGAGAAACACAGAGUCAUCAGCAGCAACCUUGCCCUCAUUCAGGUGCAAGCCACUGUUGUGGGACUCUUGGCUGCUGUGGCUGUGCUGCUGUUGGGUGCUGUGUCCAAGGAGGAGUUCGACUUGGCCAAAGUGGGGUUGAUGUGUGCCAGCAGCAUCCUCACUGCCUUCCUCGUGGCCUUCGCCCUGGGAGUACUAAUGGUCUGUAUAGUGAUUGGUGCUCGAAAGCUCGGGGUCAACCCAGACAAUGUUGCAACACCCGUUGCAGCCAGCCUGGGAGACCUCAUCACACUGUCCAUUCUGGCUGUGGUUAGCAGUUUCUUCUAUGGACACAAAGACAGCUGGUUUCUGAUGCUACUGGUCUGCAUUGGCUUUGUGGCUCUGAUCCCCCUGUGGGUCCUCAUCGCCAAGCAGAGCCCACCUAUCAUGAAGAUCCUGAAGUUUGGCUGGGUCCCCAUCAUCCUGGCAAUGGUCAUCAGCAGUUUUGGAGGGCUGAUUUUGAGCAAAACCAUUUCUAAGCAGCAGUUCAAAGGCAUGGCCAUAUUCACUCCCAUCAUAUGCGGUGUUGGUGGCAAUCUGGUGGCCAUUCAAACCAGCCGAAUCUCCACCUACCUACAUAUUUGGAGCACACCCGGGGUCCUACCCCUUUGGAUGAAAAACUUCUGGCCCAACCCGUGUUCCACUUUCUGUAUGCCAGAAAUCAAUUCCAUGUCAGCUCGAGUCCUGCUCUUUCUGGUGGUGCCAGGCCAUCUGAUUUUCUUCUGUGUCAUCCACCUGGUGGAAGGUCAGUCAGUCACAAGCAGCAAGACCUUUAUGGUACUCUACCUGCUAGCGGGCCUGAUCCAGGUGACAAUUCUCCUGUACCUGGCAGAAGUGAUGGUUCGGCUGACUUGGCACCAGGCCCUGGAUCCUGACAACCACUGUAUCCCCUAUCUCACAGGACUGGGGGACCUGCUGGGGACUGGCCUCCUGGCACUCUGCUUCCUUAUCAACCGGUAG